AGAAAGUCAGUCUUCGGGGCUAUGAUCCUGGAAAAUGUAAUAAAGGAAAUCAUGGCAAGUUAGUCAUGGUCAAAAAUCGUGAGGACAAUGACAAACUGUUGGUUUGUGCUGAAGAAAAUAAAGUUUAUCUCUGGAAAGCAACUGAUGGUAAGGCUUCAUAUUGCAUUCUUAUUACAAGCUGACAAAAUCCACAAACUAAUCAUGAUUUUGCAUACGAUUCUUUACAAGGUUCCAAUUCAACAGGCGAGUUUUUCAAUCCUGCAUACGACUGUUCAGAUGCUCUCAACAAAAUUUCUCAAGCGAAAGAUGGGUUUUAUUGGAUCAAAUUAUCUGGAAAUAUUCCAAACAAGGUACUUCUAUAUAUCAGCCAUGAUUGCUGCAAUUUAUGAUCAUCGUGAAGGUUACGACUUUGCUCUACAACAUUUGUUGUUCUAGGCGUAUUGUGACAUGAGCACUGACGGAGGAGGGUGGGUGCUAAUUGGUCGUAAAACAAACGCCGUCACGUGGACAGUGCCAUCCAAUAACAAGACAGUUGAGCCAUUUGGCAAACCUCAUUGGUCCAGCUCACUUGGUGAUGCUCCAAUCAUCGACUUCCGGGUUCAAGUAGCAAUAAAGAAGAUUUCAGCACAACAAGAGCUCAUUGGUAGGUGCAUGAUAAUAACGAGAAAAUUAAGUUUUGUCAACGAAAGAUUGCAUGUUUAGAUUAUUUAAACGUAUUCUUUUGUAAAGUACUUCCUCCAAAACUCCUUCGGUUCGAAGACUUAGCUUUGCGAAAGUCUAAAGGUUGUGUUGUGUGCAGGAAUAUUCUGUUUACAUGGAAUCAUCACUGUUUAGUGUUGCUUAAUACAUGUACGAAGGCCAGAUUUGCAGUAAGACUUCAACUUUUUUAUACAUCAUGAAAUUAUCAUUCAAACACUCAUUAAUAAUUCAUAAGCUUAUUGGUAAAUCAGUGUUAACCAUAACAAAUCACGUGCAGUGACUUUAAACCUGAUAAAACACUCCUAAUUAUAGUAUUCUUUAUAUAGAGAAUACUAAUAAGGCAGUAUCUAACAAACAAUAUUAUUAAUAAGGCAGUAUAUCUAAAAUAGAAUUUGUAGUCGUGUUUGAAGCCGUUUAAUAAACUCGCAGGUCGUGUUUUAUUAGGUCUUCAAAAACUCAUUAAUAAUUCAUGAAGCAAUUAUCCAAUCUUGAGUUAGAAAUUAGUCACGUGCAUACGUCUUUAUACCAGCUAAAGAACACUUUAACAAAAGACCAUUGUUAUGCAAACUAUAUAAAGAUUUUUAUAUAAAGAUUUUUAUAUAAAGGUUUUUAUAUAAAGAUUUGAUUUAUUAUGCAAACGUUUUUGAAGCCAUUUAAAAAACUCGCUGGUCGUGUUUUAUUAGGUCUAAAGCUUUAAACCUAAUAAAACACUCCUGCUCGUUUUUUAAAUAGUACUUAAGCCACUCGCGCUACGCGCUCGUGCUUUAAACCUGAUAAAACACUCUUGCUCGUUUAUUAAACAGUGCGUAAAGUCCUAAGGACAUAAAUUUGUUCCACAGUAAAUUAUUGAUGAUAAUGAUGAUGAUGAUUGUGAUCAUUGUGGAUUCGUAAUAAACAUAAUAAUUUUGGGUUAUCCCACACCUUGUUUCGUUUACAAAAUACAUAAUAUGAAUAAAUAGUAUAAUAAUAAUAAUAAAUAAAUAAUACAUAUUAAUUUUGAUAAUAAAUAAAUAAUAUAUAUUAAUAUAUAUUAAUUAUUUUAAUAUAUAUUAAUAUAUAUUAAUAAUAAUAAAUAAAUAAUAUACAUUAAUUUUGGGUUAUCCCACACCUUGUUUCGUUUACAAAAUACAUAAUAUGAAUAAAUAAUAUAUAAUAAUAAUAAACAUAAUAAUAAUAAUAAUAAUAAUAAUAAUAAUAAAAAUAAAUGGAUGAUGGUAAUGGUGAUGCCAUGAAUAAUAUGUAUAAUGAGUGUUUAAUUAAAAUUCAUUUCAUAACUGUAUAGGUCGUUCAGACUAAAAAACAAACGUCCUUUAAAGAAACUUUUGAUGCUCAAUAAAGGAGGAUGUGGUAGAUUAUCGCCAGGAAUUGGAGAUAUUUCUUAUGUUAAAGAUCUUCAGACUGAAAAAAUUGUCACGACAAAAUUUCGCUGUUCACAUUUCAGCUCUUAUCAUUCCAAGUCAGACGGUUUUGGUUGGGUAAGUUUUUUCAGGCGACCAAAUGUUUCAUAUCAAUAAAAAACCUAGUCUGCUCGCAGACUGCAUCCCGCUCCCGCGCGGGAUUACAGUCUGCUGUCAUUCGACGCUAAUGCCGUACAGCUACCGACGAAAUAUGAUCGGCAGUUUUUCAUUGGUUCGUUUCAAAAUUAUACUUGCAUAAAUUUGCUUAGCUAAUUUCGAGACAAGUAUACCGGUUUUACCGAUUACAUAAAGUUUCUGGGUGCUGUUAGGAAAGACAUUACCACACAAAAGAGCAUUUAGUCUUUUGGGAUGAAUAAAUUUGGUAGAAUUUACAAAACUGGCAUAUUUUUUGCGAGUUUAUAUUUCGAUUUCGUUGUAUUGUUUUGCUUGACCUUGUCUAUUGUCUAUUGACCUUGUUUACAUAAUAUAAGUUUUAUUUAAAGUAACGCACCUGAUUGGAUAAUAAAAUUAGAAAGCCAUUAAAGUGCUGAAGUGCACAAUAUUAUAUCUAUUUAUACGUCUACGUCACGGUACAGCAUUAGUGACAAAUGGUCGCAGACUGUAAUCCUUCCACCACGGGGGGGAAGAGACAGUCUGUGCGCAGACUAUAAAAAACCUCUCCUAAACAAUAUUCUAAGUUCGAGUUUAGAAACUCUGAAUUACAGCCUGUCAGAAUUACAAAAGUUAAAUUUGUUAUAUAGGACAUGUUGAACAAUUGUCUGAACCGUCCAUGUCACUUGGCUUUGCCUUCCACAAAAAAUACCCAGUUCAAAUUGAUUUUUCAGGAGCUUUUAGGUAAAUAUCACAAAUAUUAAUGUCAUGGUUUUCAACGUAGGCACAUAUCACGGUAAAACAAUGAUCUAAUGCUGGGCAUUGAAUCAUGUUUUUACAGCUAUAGUGCGUCUGGAAAUAUCACUUCAGGAAUCACUCAUGAGUCAACCUCAUUUGUUGGCUGUGAAAAUCAUAAAGUAA